UGGUAACAUCAUUGUUAGUAGUUAUUUCCUUCUAGUUAAACAUCCGCCCGUUUGUUGUUUAUAAUAGGAAAGCACUAACAAUAAACCUCGGCUUCUUUCAGUUGUUUAUUUUUUUUUUUUAUUUUUCGUUUACUCGGUUUAAGUUUUACAAUUAACGCGAUGGAUAUGUAAAAUGAAAUAAACCAAGAGAAAACGGAUUAUCUCAUCUCUAGUUAUUCUGCUCAAGAUUUACGAAGAUAUAAAACAUGCAUAUCUAAUCGUAUCUACUGCAGAAAUGAGGAAAAACCCACGAGGAUAUCGUACGAGACAACUGUGAUUUCCCGCGCAUUAGUACUUUUCCUGUUUGAAGUUCUAUAAGGAAAGAGAUCGCCCAGAGAAAAAAUAUAAAGUAAACAUUUAUCGUUAAUGCUCGCGAGAUAUUUAAAUUUCUUUCUUUUUCUUUCUUUCUUUCGUCUUCAAUCGAUCUCUUUCUCUCUUUUCGUUGGUGCAGUGCCAUAUAUCUAUUUUCGAUCUUCUUCGUCGAAAGUGAUAACAUUGUGCGGGGGAGUGGAUGGAGUGUCAAAGUGAAUUCAAGCAUUACGGAUCGUAGAAUGGCACUGUCUUAUCUACAGGAGGCACAGAUUAAUGCAGGACUUCUAUCAGGGGAGCAUUUUGACAUGAAACAAGACACGGAAAAUCAGUCUCGCUCGCCUUCUUUGCGCAGUAACAAUAACGCGGCGGCGACGAUGUUCUCGGGGGUAGGCGCAGCAGCGGCAGCAGCAGCAGCAGCGGCCGGACUAUCGAUGUUGACUCCUGAGCAAUUAAUGGCCGCAAGUCGAACGGCAUCUCUCAUGGCAGCAGGCUUACCUGUUUCGCUGCAGGCAACAUUAGCUGCAAAUCCGUCCUUGUUUCAUCAAAAUUUCUUUAGAGGAUGGAUACCACCCUCAGCGUCCUCGCCUCCUUUGUCUCUUAAUCACUCACCUGUUCCAAUUACAACGACUGUUACCACGGUGAAAUCCUCUUCGCGCCGUUCUACUACUAGUAACGCGAAUAAUAAUAAUAACAACAAUAACAAUAUCGUGACCAGUAGCGCGGAAAGAAUGAACAAUAAAAAGAAUCAAGUAACGAAGAGGAAAUCAACAAGAACAGCAAAAACUGAAAGCAGUGUGCCAAAUUUGACGGAUAAUCCGGCGCCACUUAGCCCGGUUUCGUCAAUCAGCCCAGAAGCGGGAAAAGAUGGCAGGGACAAAGUUUUCACUUGUGGCGUGUGUUCGAGAUCUUUUGGUUACAAACACGUAUUACAAAAUCAUGAACGCACGCACACGGGUGAGAAACCGUUUGAGUGUCCAGAGUGCCAUAAAAGAUUCACUCGGGACCAUCAUUUGAAGACUCACAUGAGAUUGCAUACUGGUGAGAAACCGUAUCAUUGCACCCAUUGUGAUCGUCAGUUCGUCCAAGUAGCUAAUCUUCGUCGUCAUUUACGUGUACAUACGGGUGAACGUCCGUAUGUGUGCGAACUCUGUUCGGCAAAGUUCAGCGAUUCGAAUCAACUUAAAGCACAUGCUUUGAUUCAUAGAGGUGAAAAGCCAUUUAUGUGUGACCAAUGUCAAAUGCGCUUUCGCAGAAGGCAUCAUCUAAUGCAUCACAAGUGCGGUAUUAACGGAACGGCACCACUUCCAGUACAAGAAUCGAGGUCACAAACUUUAUCGCCGUCCCUAAUUAACGAAGAUCUCGAAGACGACGUCGAUGUUGAUGUAAACGUAGAUAUUAAUGAGGACGAAAUGGAAUUAACAACGACGACGACGACGACGACAACAACGACGACGACGACGACAAUGACUACUACAACGACGUUAACUACGACGACGACAACGACGACGACUGCGUCAACAGCAGCAACAAGUGCAACUACGGCGACAGCAAUGGCAACAAUGACAACUGCAACACCGUUGCUUCAAAUGAAGAUUUUGACCACGCCUAUCGCUAAAAAAUCGACACGUCGACAACAUCAACAAUCAUUACAAAAUUCUGUAAUUAAUCCGGCAAUUUCUAUGCCGAUCAAUCUAUCUGGUAUAAUACCAAUUAAUUUACCAGAACAAACCGAACCGGAAGACCUAUCCAUGUCAACAGGGAUGCAGAGACCUCCCACGCACUCCCAUAGUAGUGGAGGUUCUCCGGUAAGUGGUAGUCCAAGCAGUGACAUUACUCAAGAAGAAGAAGAAGAGGAAGAAGACGAAGAACUAAAAACUCUAUCUGAGGCCAGUCCAAGCAGUCUUUUGCUACCACGACAUCGUAGCAAGUAUAACAAUAAGGUAGGAAGUGGCUCUGCAGAACUCACUCAUACCUCCUAGUCGAGCCUUCGUUUGGUACGUAAAAAACAAAGGUAGAAUAAUGAAAGACGUAAUAAUCUAAACAAAAUGUCAUGAACACGUGCUCGCAUUCGAUACGUACGAUUCUUCCACCUCUCUCUUUAAAAGAGACCUCCUCCAACAAGGAGUUCGGAGUUUCAAGUUCCGGAGUGUGGUUAAAAAUCGUUGAACGUGCUCGAGCGUGCGAUUAAAAUUAAGAAGAGAAUAUAUGAACCGGUCUUCAAGAAAGUUCAUCUUGUAUAUAUAGUGUCGUUUAUACGUACUUUCCUUUUUUUCUUUUAUUUUAUAAAUUUUGUUAGUUAUUGUUAUGAAAUGAUUUGAACUAUUAUACUUUAAUAUGUAUCUAAGAAAAAUAGUCGAUACAAAUCGCUAUUUCUUUUUCUUACCGUAUAUACUCGAGUCACCCACAUUUGAGUACAUAAUUUGGUAACUCGCGCUCUGCUAUUUUGUUUAUCAACAUUAGAUUUUUAAUCUAUAACAGUUAUAUAGCAGUUGAUGUAUUACGUUUAGAAAAACAUAAUGAUUAUUAGAUAAAUACGUUAAUUAAAUACAGUGUGAAUGAUUGACUUAGUACGAAUGACAUAGUCCGUAUGAACUUACGAAAAAUCGUGCAGGUAUCAAGAAAAGAAGCAGUUAAACGAUGGAAUGAAUGUACUGGUAUACAAGUUCCUCUGACAGUAAAAGUAGCGAGAUAGAACGACAUCGUUCUGUCGGUCCUCUAUCACUUUAACGUUUUAUCGACAUAAAACAGUAUCUUUGUUUCUCUCUUUAAAGUCACGUUAUUUGCUAUAAUAUUAUUAUUAUAUAUAUUACGUUAAUUUUAAGUUAAACAAGAUUAUUUAUUUUAUAUAUUUCUCGCUGUAGUUUUCGCAUCCCAUUGUUAAUCCCUUCCAAAAACAAUAUUUUGUUACAUAUAUGCGUAAAUUUACAAAAAAGUACAUAUAAUACAAAUUUACGAAUAUCAAGCAUUCCAGACUGAUUCUAUUACCGUAAGAACGACCGUAUAAAUAUAUAAUAUUUAAUCAUUAAGAAGGAAUUGAAUUUCUUUGUUUACGGGCAAGAUAUUGUCGUGACGAAAAACUUCGAUUGUUUUUCUUUUAUUACUAAAGUUAAUAAGAAAAGCAACUCGUAAAAUAUUUAACAGAGCGUAUUAAUUGAAAAUAUAUCGAUCGAUUAAUAUUUUUGAUAUUAUUUCGUUGGAAGUAAUCUUUCAACCAGCGUUCGUGCUCGUAUCUUUUGAGAGUUCUCCGAUUUCCAUCCUCUAUUUCUUCGAUUCACAGCCGGCUGGGAUACGAUUUCUUUGGAAGCUUUUGUCCUACAAAUCUGCCUACGGCACGGUCUUUCGCGCGAACCAGUUUUCGCAACGAUUUCGACUCCUGCGUGCCGAAAAUUCGUAGCCAGUAGUUCGACCUACCCUGAUUUUAACUCUGCCGACGAAUACAUCUUCUCGUUUUUUUCUUAGUUCCUUUUUUGGUUUCUCAAUGCUCCUCUGAUUUAUGCCCUUUCCAUGGCAUACAAAUUUACCUUCUUGUAGGUCGUCUACGUCCACUUGAAAUCAUUCUUAAGUUAGAUAGGUACAAAUGGACCACUGUUACUAACCUACUUCCGGGUCUGCUUAUCCAUGCUAUUAUCCUUGCUUUAUUCUUUUAUUUUCAUCGAAGAAAUAGAAACACUCUCCGAAAUUUAAAACGAACGGUAACUUCUACAGUCGGGAAGUUACAAUGAAAAACGUAGAAAGAAGAAAAAGAAAAAGAGGAGGAGAAAGAAAGAGUUUAAAAAAGGGAAAAAAGAGAAU